AUGCAGUUCUCUCUAGUCUCAGUUCUUUUUGCCGCCGGCGCUCUCGCCAUUAACGGUUGUGGAUUUCCCGAUGGCCCAGACUGCGUCUCACUGGGCAAGGCGAGCGACGGCUUGGAAGUAUUCCGUGAUAAUGACGGCUGCUGCCUCCUCCCCGCUCGUUGCGGCAAUGAGGCCGGCGUUAACUGCCGUCGCGAGAAUGAGGGCCCUGAUGGUCUACCGAUCAACAAAAGGAGGACUCAGAAGAACUACAAGGCAUAG